GGCUCCUCGCGCUGCUCCAACACGACGCACAACGAAUGGGCGCAGCAGCGAAUAACGGAUUGCAGAUCAACUCAUCGAUGAGACACUUUCACAGUCAUUACUUCUGCAUUUCCAACAUUUACCACUGGAUGAUUUUCCAACAACACAUGAAGACCAUUUAUCUCCAGACCGUGUGUUCAAAUACGCAACUGGACCCACUUGUUUGCCGCAGAGGAGACAACGCAUUGGAUCAAUACUUGCGUCAGGAAAUGUUUAUUAUGGACAAAAGAACGCGUGUUAAAAAGCCGGCUUCACAUGUCAUUCCAAAGUUGGGGAGAAAAUAACAGCCUGGGUUCAUUUUUCCACAACGGAAAUAAGAUCAGUCGCAUUGCUUGGCUCCUCUUCUACUAAAACAUGGUCGAUGUAACUCCAUAGUGCCGGGAUCUGACAUUCUCUGCCCACUAACAGCUAGUUGUUAAUGGAAAGAUGUUUGCUGGACUAAUGGGGCUGGGAUGUCACAGUAACUCUCUACUUCACUGCGAAGUCAUGGAAGGUGGCAGAGCAUCAGGGACAGCCGGCAGCUCCACUCGUAAGAGGCUCCAUCGAAGACCAGGGUACAUGAGAGGAGAGCAGUCCAGACUACAGAGCACUUUUAAUGGGCAGGAGGAGGAGCAGGAAGAGGAGGAAGAGGAGGAAGACGAAGGGAGGACCACUUGCAUUAGGAAUGGGAAAUCUGGGCGUCACAAUGCCAUUACUCAGGGGACCAGUGCACAAAGGAUGAGUCUAACCCCUGCUGUCAAAGUGUCUGUAAUAAAUCAGCUUGUGGACACAUGUGGAUCCUGGAAAAGUACGAGUUUUCUCUGCUCUGGAACUCGUCAUUUUCCCCAUGUGGACUACAGUGCCAUUAAUGGUACAUCCAGCCAUCGGGGUCCAUCCUCUUUGCCCCAGAAUGAACUCAGUUUUAGCCCGAGCCCAGCCCUCCAGUCCUCAGCACAGGACUCCUUUAACUCCAGCUUCAGUUUUAUCCAACAGUCUCUAAACACCAGCCAGAAGACAUAUUCAACCACUGCCACACCACCCAGGAGACCAGAACCCCUAUAUCAGUCAACUCAUGCACCUAGUUCACCUCAAUCAAAACCAGCAACCUUAUCCAUUGUGCACAAUGUCUCAAAACUGUCAACUCCUUUCCAAUCACUGCCCUCCUCCUCCCCAGGUAGCCAGGCAAAGAGAGAGGAGCUGACAUUAGGCAGUAGGUUUUGGCAGGAGUGUCAGUGGAGUGGCAGGGGGGCUACACCUGACCACCUUGAAUGUGACUCCCCAGUUCUGGACAUAGAGAUAAUCUCCUCACUGUCCUUGGACUCAGACACCGCCUCCGCCUCUUCCGUCACCUCAGGUUAUGAGAGCGCUACGCCUGUCUCCGAGCAAGGCUGGGACAACCUGGUGAAGAAGUAUGAGGGUGUUCUGCAAGACUGCCUCCAAAACAACCGCACUCACACUAAGGUAGGCAUGAUGUGAGCUUGAGAUGC